GCCCAUGAGGGGUCUAUAGUUUUCCUUCUCCUCUCAAUAAAUAUCCUAGUUGCUUGGAUUCUCUUCUUUUCCGCGAGUCAUUGGUUGUUAUUCGGUUGGAACGCGGCGUCUCUUCCGCUCGUCCAGAGAGCUUUCCUCCGCUUCCCCGUCAGAGCUUCUCCACGGCCGGUUCAACUGUAACAAGAAGUCUAAAAAACAAAGCCGCCACUUGACCCGAGCCCGUCUAAUGAUCCCCAUUCCCGAAAAUUAUCUAUUAUUAUUUCUAAAUCCUUUAACCCCAGAGGGGCCCCUUUCCUUAUCCACCGAUUUAAAUACCCUGCGUCACUUGUACCGAGGGACGUAGAAGCUAUACUUCCGUAUCUCCCCGUACUUAGGGCACCCUGUGAAGGUCCGAUAUCGUCACUAUUCUUUUCCUUAAUUAAGAAAAGAGUCAUUCCUUGCGCUCGAUUACCGAUUGACUCAUUUUUUCUUCGACUUUUCUUUAUCUUCACUUCAUAUCCCUUUCGCGUGCCAUUGUUCCUACCCAUCCUGUCGCACCGACCCCGGCAACAUAUACCCUCAAUUGAAAGGGCGUCGCACAUCAAUUGACUGUAUACCAACUCGGUGAUCGAAUAAACACAACCGCUCACCAUGUCGGCGAAGAGUGCGCAAGGCGGGAAUGGCAAUGGCAAUGGCAGGAAGCCACCUUCGGCGGCUGUGAACUUGAUCGCCGGUGGUGGUGCUGGAAUGAUGGAGGCGCUCGUAUGCCAUCCUUUAGAUACCGUCAAAGUCCGGAUGCAGCUUUCACGGCGCGCCAGAGCCCCGGGUGUAAAACCUCGUGGGUUUGUUGCCACUGGUGCUGAGAUUGUGAAGAAGGAGACCGCGUUGGGUCUCUACAAAGGUCUAGGAGCUGUUCUGGGAGGUAUCAUUCCGAAGAUGGCUAUCCGUUUCACCUCCUAUGAGUGGUACAAGCAAUUGCUUGCGGAUAAGGAGACAGGGCAUGUCACAAGCAAAGCAACUUUCCUUGCUGGUCUAUCUGCUGGUGUGACUGAAGCCGUGGCGGUAGUGAACCCUAUGGAAGUCAUCAAGAUUCGUCUGCAAGCGCAGCAUCACAGCUUGGCCGAUCCCCUCGAUACCCCCAAAUACCGCAGCGCCCCACAUGCACUUUUCACCGUGAUUAAGGAAGAAGGGUUCGGCGCUCUCUAUCGUGGUGUCUCACUGACAGCCCUCCGACAAGGAACAAACCAGGCCGCCAACUUCACGGCAUACACCGAGUUGAAGGCUGCACUCCAGAGAUGGCAGCCCGAAUACAGCAACUCACAGCUCCCAUCAUAUCAGACAACCGUGAUCGGAUUGAUCUCCGGUGCUGUGGGUCCCUUCUCCAACGCCCCCAUUGAUACAAUCAAGACCAGACUCCAGAAGACCCGCGCUGAGCCCGGUCAGUCAGCCGUGGCUCGUAUCAUGGCCAUCGCCAAGGACAUGUUCAAGGAAGAGGGGGCACGUGCUUUCUACAAGGGUAUCACACCCCGUGUGAUGAGAGUGGCCCCUGGUCAGGCCGUCACCUUCACCGUGUACGAGUUCCUCAAGGGCAAGCUGGAGCAGUCCAAGUGGAGCUUCGUGGGAGGCAACUAUGAGGAGUAGAAUUGACACCCGUGGAAGGAUUGACCGCUGCGUGUUCUCGAAAGCAUUUGAUACCAUGAGCAUGGUGGCGUUUUCGAUUGCAAUGCAUCAUCAGUACAUAUUCUUGUCGUUAUCUCUUGG